AUGAAUGAGAAAUUGCAGUGGACUUCUACCAUGGAUUUCAACUUCAUCACCACCUAUGUUGAGUGGAAGCAAACGAAGAAAUGGGACAAUCACAAGACAAACGACCAGAAUUAUGAUAUGCUUGCCACAUGUUUGCGGGAACAAUUUGAGAUGCAAGUCAUCGGAGGCCAAUGCCAAUCAAGAAUGUAUAGGUUUAGGAAGAAGUGGAACGUGUUUGCCAAUCUUCGUGGUUUGUCAUCGAAAGCGGAGACUGGGAUUGGCUGGGAUGAAGAGAAUAACUGCUUUACGGCUUCCGACGAGCACUGGGUCCAAAUGGAAGCGGUGAACAAAGAGUACAAAGACUUCAAAUUGGCUAGAAGUUGCUUCCUAUAUGAUCUGUAUACUCCAACAACAUUGGGAAAAACUGCAACAGGCAGCUAUGCACAAUCUGCAAAGCAACCUCAAUACCCUUGGGAGGGAAAGGACGUAUACUACGUACCUCCGGUACCUGGAGCGUCAUCUGGAAAGUGUCCUGCCUCAAGUCUUGGCACUCCCGGAGAUCGUGAAGGAUCUAGAGGUGCUAAAUCAACAAAAUCAUCUAGUGAUAGGGAAAGACUAGAUGAUGCAAUCAGCAAAAUCUCUCGUGUCACCACCGCUUCGCAUGAAUUUAAUCAAAGUCGGUAUGAAGAGGAAGCACAAUACAGUGUACCGGUAGUUCAAAACAUGGUGAAAAAUAUGCAACUUCUAAAAUUGGUUAAGCUGAAAGUGACAAUGUACUAUGCCGAAAGAAGAAAUGCGGGACAAAGAUGUGCAUUCGUAUGCUUUGAUGAUGCCGAGCGCAAUGAUUACAUUGAACUCAUUAUGGAGGAGUUUCGCUAUGGCAAGCCCCCACAGUGA